AUGACUUUUAGUAAACUAAACACGAUGCUUAGUGAUUCCUCCAAAUUUAAACCAAUAAUGUCUGACAUUGCCACUCAUCUACUGAAAUUAGAAGAUAAACUAAACAGACUCUUACGCUCAAUAAAAACAUCUAUCGGCGAAAUGACUAUAUCUGGCUCUAAACCUGGUCGCUUAUAUGGCCUUCCUAAAAUUUAUAAAAUUGGUCAGCCUCUACGCCCCAUCAUUUCUGCCAUUGGAACUUUUAAUUACAAUGUUGCAAAAUUCUUAGUUCAAAUAAUAACCCUUUUAACCACCAAUGAAUAUACCAUAGAAAACUUCUCUUUCAUCAAAGAAAUUAGUGACCUUAAACCACUACGGCCUGUCACAAUGGUAGACGGUGUGACAGUAGGAUCACCACUUAGCCCUUGCUAUGCCAAUACUUUCCUUUGCCACCAUGAACAAGCAUGGAUAAAUGAGUGCCCUGCCAAUUUCAAACUUAUUUUAUAUCGCCGUUACAUGGAUGAUACUUUCUUACUCUUUGACGACCCCUCUCACAUUAAUCCUUUCCUCUCAUGCUUGAACUCACAACACCCCAAUAUCAAAUUCACUUUUAUCAGUCUUGAUAAGACUAAGCUCAAUCAUCACGAGUCAAUGACCAUUGUGGGAUACACGGGGUAG